GCUGGGGUUGGCCGCCCCCAGCUCCGCCGCCCUCUCCCCUCCGCCGCGGUUCCCGGGCCGGGCCGGCUGGAGCCGCGGCCCCUCAGGUGAGGAGGCGGCGCCGCCGUCGUCCCACGGGGGCGGUGCGAGCCGGAGGUCUCAUAGCCGCCAGCCCGGCGGCGGCUCCGCCCUGCCCGGCCAUGGACUACGCGGGGCUCGCCGAGGCGGCGGUGGAGAAGGUGUGGCGAUACCGGCGGGACCCCGACGGCUGGCGGGGCAGCCGGAGCACUAGCGAGGUUUCGAUUUCUUGGAGACCCUCCGAGGAGUUCGCUGGCAACUUGUACCGGGGCGAGGGGAUCGUGCCCGCCAGCACCCAGCGCGUCUGGGACUGCAUCAAGCCGGAGGUCGGCGGGCUCAGGACCAAGUGGGACAAAACCGUGAAGGAUUUUGAGCUUAUCGAAGCCGUCAACGAUAAUGUCUCUAUAUGCAGAACCACAACCUCUUCAGCUUUGAUGGGGGCUAUUUCACCAAGAGAAUUUGUAGAUGUGGUAUCCAUAAAGCGGUACGAAGACGGGACGGUGCUAUCUGCUGGCACCAAUGUGGAACACCCACUGUGUCUUCCUCGGCCAAAUAUCGUGAGAGGUUUUAAUUAUGCCUGUGGUUGUUUCUGUAUACCUCUACCAGGGGAGCCAGACAGGACUCAACUCCUCGGUUUCUUUCAGUCAGAUGUUGGUGGCUAUCUUCCCCAGUCGGUGGUGGAAUCCUUCAUUCCAACUACCAUAACUGCGUUUUACAGCAACCUGACUAAAGCUGUUAAGUCAUUAAAAGUGUGACAAGACCAAUUGCUGACACCAGUAGCUGAGGGUAGGAAAAAAUGUCAGCUUGAGGGUAGAAAUAGGAAGUGGACCUUAUGGGACUUUACUGCCAGCAAAGAUACUUUUGAAAGGUGGAGAGGAAGCAAUGGCUUGAAUGAAGUACAUUUUUAAACCAGCAUUUCCUACCUGUCCCUAUACAAAGCACUGUUUUCUUUUCCAAUACGAUAUCCUUCAUUUGCUUUAGCAAAAUAUCAGACUGGAGGCUGGAAAAAUCCUGGAGACAGCUCUGGUGGCUGUCUGUGGGGAGAAGAUACACAAAUGACAUUGUUCUGGGCCAUGCUUUGUCAGUGUGUGCAAGGAGGAGCAUUGCUAAAACCCACUUAGCACUACAGCAUCAGCUGAGUGCAGGUCAGCCCUGUUUCAUCUCUGAAGCUCCCCGCAGUCUCCUGUGGAAUAAUGUUCCUUCCCCAAAAGAAGAGGUAGCUCUUGUGCUGCUUCCACUCGUGGAGCUGCUAAGAUGCUUCAGUGGGUCCAAGACAGCAAAUGGUAAAAGCCAGAGCAAAUUGGAUUGUGUGGAAGAUCCUACUGCUUUUUUCCAGCAGACUUCAGUACUAAAGGUAAAUACGCCUUAAGUGCUUUUUUCCUGAAUCAAGGUCUAGCAAUGCAAAUCAAUUCAUAUGUCUGUGGGUUGGCAAACAAACAUUCUUCCUUUCUUCCCUCUGUUCCAAAACCUGUGAUAUUCAUGUCAUGAAACAAACUGCACUGACACAUUAGCAAUAAAUAAAGAGUAUUAAGCACUUUACCUGCCUUUUUAAAAACUGCACUUGACCAUUCUUACCUGCAUUUUUGAACCUUUUUCACUCUCUUGUGGUGAGAGUUUUAAACGGGUAAAUAAUCUGUUCUGUAGCUUAGUCUUGACUUGACAGACCCUAAGGACAUGCUUUUUCUCUAAGACCUGUUUGCCUCAUAGCAUUAUCUUGGGAAAUUGGCUUCUGAUUUUGUGUGCAGUUUUAGAAAAUACUUACGGUGCUGGUUACUGCAGGAAUAUCAGACGUUACUAUAGAGUACGUAUAAUUACAAAAGGAAAACUAAUUGCUGAAUUAGGAUUUUAAAUGCAGGUUGUGAUUUUAAUUCUGUACCUUGAUUAUUUGACAAGGUUAAUAUGCUCUGCUUUCUGUCCCUGUAUUUUAUAUUUAGUAUAAGGCAUGGACCUGCACACAGUUUGCCACUGUCAAUCCCACUCUAUGGAAUAAAUUUUUCAAGGAAUUGAUUUUUAAUCUAGUCUCCUUUGUGUACAAAGAUUUUAAAAUUUGUAUGUGUGUGAUGAAAUAAAUAUUUUUCUGCUACA